AUGGAACCAACGCUGUCUCAAGGAGUCGGCUAUGGAGUCAUAGUCGGACUCGGUGCGUUUUUCGCACUGAUGAUGAACGUGAUCACUAUAGUUCAAAACAAGUUCACCAAGUUCAAUGCCGGUAAGGUUGAUGAGUUCACUGCUGCCAGCAGAAAUAUUCCUUUCGGUCUGAUUAUUUGUGGUAUCGUGUCCUCGUGGACCUGGUCGCUGACUCUGUUGCAGUCUUCUACCGAGUCGUAUUACUUGGGUGUUUCUGGCUCAUACUACUACGGUUUGGGUGGUUUGCUGCAAGUGGGAAUUUUUUCCGUCAUUGCCGCCAAAGUCAAAGUGAACGCCAACUUGGUAACAACAUUUGCUGAACUUGGAUAUUUUCGUUUUGGAACGUGGGGGCAUUUGGCUUUUCUGUGGUCCGGAAUAAUCUGCAAUGCGAUCGUGUCUGCAUGCAUCUUGCUUGGUGGGGGUGCGGUUUUUUCCGCGAUUACGGGCAUCUCUGAGUACGCCGCACUGUUCCUGAUUCCUCUCGGAGUAGCAGCAUACGUAUCUCUGGGUGGUUUAAGAGCCACCUUUAUUUCGGAUGCAACUCACACCUUCAUUCUGCUGAUUUUCGUGAUCAUCUUUGUUUUCACCGUUUACGUUGGAAGCUCCAAGAUUGGAUCUCCCGGCCGCAUGUGGGAGCUGCUCAAAGAGGUUUCGAAGACCACUCCAGUCGACACCAACUACCACGGCGAAUAUCUGACUUUCAGAUCCGCUGAUGGUGCUGUGUAUGCAGUCAGAUCUACCAUCACCGGUUUUGGAUUGGUUGCUUGUGACCAGGCCUAUUGGAGUAGAGCCAUUGCCGGUAAGGACAGAGUCAUCGGCCCUGCCUACUUUGUCGCUGCCCUCUGUUGGUUUAUCAUCCCAUUCAGUCUGGGAGCAUCGCUUGGUCUCAGUGCUAGAGCCCUCAGUGUUUACCCUGACUUUCCAACUCUUUCUAGUGCCGAAGUUGGGGCUGGUCUCUGUUCGGUUGCCAGUGCAGUUUAUCUUCUCGGAAAAGCUGGAGCCACCAUGAUGAUGCUGAUGGUUUUCCUCAGUGUGACUUCCUCUUUCUCAGGUGAGUUGAUUGCAACCUCCACAUUGAUUUCCUAUGACAUCUACAAGAAGUAUAUCCGCAAGAACGCCACUCCUCACGAGGUUGUUCGCGUGGCCAAGAUCAUGGUUUUCGUGUGGGCUCUCUUCUCUGCUGGUCUCUCCUCUGCCUUUAAUGCUGCCGGAAUCGGUCUUGGUUGGCUCUUUAAUUUCCUCGGAGUAGCCACUGCUUCAGGUGUUUUCCCAAUUGCCUUGGCAUUCACUUGGUCUGGUCUGACCACUCUUGGAGCCGUUGUUGGGUCUAUAGGCUCAAUGUGCAUUGCUCUUAUCGUCUGGCUCGUCACCUGUAAGGCUUACAUGGGCACUAUCAACGUGGACAAUCUUUCUAACGAUUGGGUAUCUUUUGCAGGAAACUCUGCUGCUAUUGUUUGUGGCGGUGUUAUUUCUAUCGGACUUUCCUUGAUCUUCCCAGAGAAGGAAACCUUUGAGUGGGAAGACACCCGUAACAGAACAAUUUUGGUGGGCGAAUCCAAGGAAGCCCACCGUGAGCACCAAGAGAGACUGGAAAAUCUCACCAGUGCUGAGCAACGCGCUGUUGCUCACGAGACCAAUGCUGGAGACGAUUCGUCCCUGGAUAUUGAACUGGACCAAGAAAUUGACCAGGUCUUCCUCGGAGCUCAAUUCAAGAAGUACACCAUUCUGUUCGGUAUCACGGCCCUUAUCUUUGCUUUUGUGAUUCCAGUUCCUUUGAGUGCUGCACCAUACAUCUGGUCCAAAAAGUUUUUGGCUGGUGUAGUGGGUAUCAUCAUUGCCUGGUUAUUUGUUUCCUUCAGCGUGGUCAUCAUCCUCCCCAUCUGGGAGUCCAAGGAAUACUUGUGGAACUUGUUCCUCGUAAUAAUUGGAAAACAGACCAUUGAACAAUUCCACAAUUCACAAGAGGGUGGUGAUGAGUCCUCUGGUUCUGGUUCUUCCGUGGAAGUUGACGUGAGUCCGAUCGUUGAGAAGACUGGUGCUUAA